UCCUUCUUCUUCAUCAAGAUAUACUUCAUUUGUAAUAUCCAGCUUCACUUCUCUCCAACCACCAAUAAUCCACAGCAGCCAUGUUCGGCUCAAGCGAUAACAACAACAACAACCAGGACCAGCAGAGCGGUCAAGGAGGUGGCUACGGAGAUAACUCCAACAGCGACGGAUUGGGAGGAAACAAUGAUCAGUCCUCAGGUGGAUACGGAGGCUCCAGCGACAAUAGCAACCAAUCCUCAGGCGGAUAUGGAGGCAACGACAACAGUAAUAGCAAUAGUAAUAGCAACCAAUCCUCGGGCGGAUACGGAGACUCCAACAGCAACGGCAACCAAUCCUCAGGCGGCUAUGGAGGAGGAGGCCAGAGCGGUGGCUAUGGAGGGUCUGAUAACUCCAAUUCUGGUGGCCAGAGUGGAGGUAUGGGAGGGGGCAUGUCUGGCGGAUACUCGGGUGGAAAGUCUGGGGGCAUGGAGUCCAGUCUUGAGCAAAAGGGGAUGCAAGCUGCGGAGGGGCUGGCUCAAAAGAAGGGUUGGUAGAGACUACCUUCCUUUAAACUCUGACUUUUCGAGGAAAGUUGCGAUGUUCUGAAGUUUGGGAGAGAAUUAAUUGUAUCUUGUUUAUCCAUGUAUUGAUAUAUUAAAAAUGGUGCUCUGGUG